AUGAAGAGGCGCUCCGGAUCUGUCGGCUUGGAGGGAAAGCGGCGGAGGAUCCGUAGGUUGUGCUACCGGUCGGAGCUCUGGAAGAGGCCUCAAUGGUUGGCCCUGCCCUGGCAGAAGCAUCAGCGAUGCAAGGCGUAUAAGCCUGCCAUUGCCGUCCGUGCCUUUGCAUGUGGUGAGGAGAAGAGGAGAUCUGGUAGUGGGAGUGAUGUUUGUGGUGCAUCUCGGCCGCGCUUCGUGCCCGAGGGGCUCUGGCAGAUCUUUGCUCGGAGUUGGGCCGCUGGUAUCGCCUUGGGCGCUUGGAAUCCCUAUCAGCCACCGAAGCUGCGCAUGGAGUCUUCUGCAUGA